AUGAUCCGAUGUGGCUUGGAGUUGGCAUUCACUGUCAACUUCACCUUUGCUCUCAAGCGCCACUCUGGUAGCGCCGGGCCCAGCGGCUUUGCGUUUGUGAUUGCCGCAACGGCCAAGGCAGGGAAACCAGGUGGUGUGGGGUACAGCGGGAUGGGAGCUCGGAGCAUAGCCGUUACUUUCGACAUCAAAGAGAGUCACCAGCGCGUGGGGCUGAACAUGAAUGGUGAAGGGGAACCUGUGGUGUCGAAGGUUUCACCAUUCAUGUUCACGGAUGGCAAUUCAUACACGGCAUGGGUGGAUUAUGAGCCUGGGGAUCCGGGCACCUUUCGAGUCUUCUUGGCUAGCUCGAACGAAAAGCCAGAGGAGCCGCUGCUGCUGCAGAAGGGUGUGUCGCUUUGUGCUGUGCUGCAGCCGCGGGUGAAGCAGCAGCGUGCCGCGUUCUCGUUUGGGUUUACGGUGUCUACUGCUUUCCAGCUGCAUGGCAUUCUCUUCUCCGCUGUGCAAACAGGCAAGGCUAUUCUGGGCAGGCGCCCCUUCAUCCAAGGUCGUUCAGACCAAGGAGCAAGACCGUGCCAUGCCUUUCAACCACUACCCAUCCACAUCUCCCUUCAUCUCCACCCCUUCCCACCCCUCAUAGCCCUCGGCUUCUCAUUGUCAGAGGCCACAUUUGCACCAUCUCGAGCCAGUCCCUUUUUGCGCUAUGUGAGUGCUGACUUCAAGCUGUCGGCCACCAGAGCGGACUCGUGGAGCAUUCGUGAUUUCCACACGUGGGACAAUGUGCCCUUCCUCAACUGGCCUGUCAAGAACCAAAACGACUGCAAUGCGUGCUGGGCGUAUGCGGUGGUGGCGAGUGUGGAGGCGGCAUACGGCAUUGCAAAGCAGCAGAGCGCUCCCCGGCUGUCAGUGGAGGCACUCUUCGCCCUCAUGGGGCUCACUGAUUCAGACAAGUGCUCUGCUGGCGGCUCCCCCACCCAGGCUUUUGAGACGCUCACAGCUCUCGAUGCUGCCAGUGGUCUCACAAGGGACAGUGACCUGGCAACAACACAUCCGAUGCAGGCGUUUGAACGAGCGCGGUUCAAGGGGUAUGUGGGGCUCAUGCUGGCCGUGCAGCGGCAGCCAGUGGUGGUUCACAUUGAGGCAUCUCCAACCUUCAUGCUGUAUGAUGGGACGUUCAAGUACCAGGAUCCUGGCGACCCCUGCGGCCAGAGCAGCUACAAGGGCGAUGGGGAUUCGCAGCCCAGCAUGAACCCGUGCGGUCGCUUCCAGUGCCAGGGGACGACAGACACCACCAACAUCUGCACCUGCAACAUUCCCACCGCUCCUGUGCAGCCCUUUGUGGAGGUUGAGAAUGGAUACGGCUCCAACACAUGUGCUUAUGAAGUCUCCAAGCUGCAGGGGCCAGAGCCACCCUCCCACCCCAGAACACGUGUGGCAGUGGACGUUUGUGGGUCAGUCUUGGACGUGUGUGGGUCAUACUUCAAGAACCCCUGCUACGUGGGAGCAUGCAUCAACGAUGGCAAGGGCUCCUACUCCUGCGUCUGCCCUCCCAACCACGUUCAGAGCACAACAAUUGACGGCUUCCCCACCUGCGAUCCAACCAACACCACGACCACCACAAUGACAGGCAUUGACUGCAGCCAGCCGUUGCCCAAGGGCAGUGUUCUUCAGCUGGAUGGUACUCCUGCCACACCCUGCACUGCCUUCUUCUACUCCCUCAACGGGGACACCUGUGCCUACAUCAGCAGACCGCUCAAGUUCACAGAACUUGAUCUCACCGCACUCAACCCCGGCCUUGACUGCUCCAAGCCCAUCAAAGCCGGCAGCUCCGUGUGCAUUGAGCGCAGUGCUGCCUUCGCAUUCACCGUACCCGAGUGUGUGAGAUACGGCACGCUCACACCUCAAGACACGUGCGAGCGGCUGCUUCAGAGGACAGGCACUUCACCAGGAGGUGUCAGUGCCAUUGAGAAUCAAUGGGCUGCACUGUACCGCAACAAUCCUGGCCUCACUUGCUCUGCCACUAUCCCUUCCUCUGCCUCCGCUGUCGGCAGCAACAUUGGUGUACAGGUGAGGACUGUGAGGGCUGGGGGGAAACCCUCUGGGAUGGGGGAGCACGGAAUGGUGGGCAAAAAUUUGCCUGACAGCAGAGUAUUGGUCGUUCACGAUGGGGAUAUGCAAGAAGGGUAG